AUGGAGGCACACUCUCCCCUAAUAAACAUAGGUAAUAGAGUGGAAUAUAUCGACGACGAGGAUCCCUUUUCAUCUCUAGUUCCUAAAAAACCACCCACCGACCAAUCCCCCUCACGAUUAAAUAAGGGUAAAGAACGAGAUCUUUCAGAGAAACAAAGCACCGAUUAUACUCUCAGGGGAGUAUCAAUCGGGACAGACUCUCCUGGAGUCCAGAGCUCAUCACAUACACCCGGGGUGCUUGGAGAUGAGGAAACCUCUUUGGUCCCUAAAAUGCCACUACCCCAUAUUUCCCCAAUACAAUUGGAAGAGCCAGCCCUCUUAGAGCAACCCAGCUUUGAAACUCUCAGUGGAGUACCAAUCGAGACGGACUCUCCUCAAGUCCAGAGUUCAUCACCGAUAUCCAGGGUGUUUGAGGAUAUGGAAACUUAUGUAGUACCUGAGAAGCCACCAACCAAAUACCCAACACGAUUAAAUAAGGAUAAAGAACGAGCCCUUUCGGAGCAACAAAGCCCUGGUACUCUCAAGGAUGUAUUAAUUGAGACAGAUUCUCCUCAAGUCCUGAGUUCCUCACCGAUACCUGGGAUGUUUGAGGAUAUGGGGACUUCUGUGGCACCUGAGAAGCCACUCACUCAACACCCAGCACCAUUAAACAAAGUUAAAGAACCAACCAUUUUGGAGCGAUCCAGCCCUGAUACUCUCAAGGAUGUAUUAAUUGAGACAGACUCUUCUCAAGUCCAGAGUUCAUCACGGAUAUCUGGGAUGUUUGAGGAUAUGGAAACUUCUGUGGCACCUGAGAAGCCAUUCACUCAACACCCAGAACCAUUGAACAAAGUUGAAGAACCAAUUUCGGAGCGAUGCAGCCCUGAUACCCUCAAGGAUAUAUCAAUCGAGACAGACUCUUCUCAAGUCCAGAGUUCAUCACGGAUAUCUGGUGCGCUUGAAGAUAUGAAAACCUCACUGGUCUCUGAAAAUAUGCCCAGUCUUGAACGCCAAGAUCCGUCGAACUCAGGUUCCAAGUCCGCUGGAGUUGUCAAGCGCGUACCUUUGGUUGGAUCCUCAGAGAUAUAUGUAGAUGAUGAAAUGGACAGCUCUAGAUCACAACCCGACAGCUUAUUUGGAAAUGAGAUAGAGUUUAGGCCUUACCAUAGAAAUUGGUUUGACGUAAUAGGGAUCUGGGUGGAGAACAGGAUAAAAAGCGAAAUUUUCUGGUGGCCGUUGAGAUCACCUGUUCCCCCACAAGAAUCUGGUUUGACUCAAAUGUCUUGGAAAUGCGGGUGUGGAUCUACUAUAUCUACCGUGAUUAGCAAUGAAACCAUUGGGAGAUAUCACUCUCCUUCAUCUCCAGCUGGUAUUACUUCUGGCAGCGUCAGGACAGUGGGGACUUCGCAGGUGUCGGGUCAACCUCCAACUCGCCCAUCUGCAGUACUAGCAACGACCGGCCGUUUAUCUUCAACGCCACAACAAACAACCUCAGGGAUCUCGGUAAUUAGCUCAGCCGGAAACAUUGUUGCUAAUCUUGGCACCUUCGUACUUUGCUGCGUAAGGAAGCGGCAGCAUCGAACAGUCCUUAUACAGAUGGAUAUGAAAACCUUUUCAAAUGACAGAGAGUUCUUCCGGAAAUUAAAAGCAGAGUACCGCCGUGCGCGAGGCUGGAAACGGUGGCUUAGCUUGUCAUUUGUGGCGCGGAUUAAGUUUGUCAGGUUCAUUCGAUACUAUCAGGAUUAUGUCGACUGUCAGGAUUCUGAGGAAUUGCCUCCUCAUACAAACAGCGAUUACAAAUAUAUCCCCAAGCCACCCGAGAACCCCCCCGUUUUCCCGGUAGCCGAGUUUAUGCAUUAUUUUGAAAGGCCUGACUGUGCCGGUACAACCUCCGACUGUCUAGCUCUCAUGCCUAAACGAGUAGUUGGGCCGCUGGGAAGGGGGAGGAGAGUAGAAGGCUGGGGUCUACAGCCUAUGGAAGGUCUUUCGAUGUGGAAGUUCAUCUCCUUGCUGGUUAUUGUUUGGCUCGGAACACUGGCGUUUGCAAUCUGGUGGCUGGUUAAGCACCCGAACGACUUUCAAAACGCCUUUGUACCAGCAACCUAUGCGGCCGCGUUUGCAGCUAUUGCUGUAGUAUUACCGGAGGUUCUGAAGGUUUAUAAGUGA